GACUUUUUGGCGCUCGAUACGGUCACGCUUUCGAUUUUGUCGUAUGUUUUCGGGAUCGGUUUUCCUACUUAUUGGUAAGGAAAUUCCACUAGUUUUGUCAUCUACAUCAUCCUUGUAAUACUAGCAAGUAAGUCUUGUUUGUUCUGUUUCAACUCACCGAAUUCGAAUGACAUUCUAACUAAGUUCAGCCAUAUAAUACGUCAGCGGCUUAAAGCAGCAUAAUCACUCAUUUUUCUGUAUAUUAUUCCUCUCAAAUAAGUAAAACGUAUGUGGCAGUGGGUCUUACUACCAAGUGCACUGUGUAGCUAGAUUCUAAUGUUUGAGAUGCUAAUAUUCGUUGGUGUUUUCAGACUGACUGUUCAUACCUGAUGAGUGUCUAAUUCAUUUCUACACAUUGUGUUUAUAAAGCUCAUCUUUAAGUAAUUGAAGGGCGUUUUUAGGGUGAGUAUGCGGCUUUGAAUCUUCCAUAAUUCCCAAUGCAACAUUGGAUCAAUAUGUGUUAUGAAGUCAGUAUUUAUCAGAAGUUCAAUGCAGUAACCACUGAUAUUGUUUUCUAAAUAGUUGAAGUCCGGGGUCUUAAGAGGCAAAUUGACUGGGGUCUCUUAAACUUAGCAAUAGCCAGCUAUUCUAAAUGAGAUAAAGGGCGUGGAGAACUAAGUGCUGUCAAUUAUCCGAUCUACCUCUAAUUGUAAAUGGUUGAUUCAGGGUACAAAUUCGCUGUUCAUCUAUCCGCUUUUGAUAUCCAAAAUGUAGUGUCAUGGUGUUUCAGUUGUGAGUUCAGCAUAACGUCUUUUCUUGUGUAAGAGGUUUGUUGACAUGAUUCAGAAUCGGCGCUAAUGAUACAAAUCCAUUCCCCAUUAGAGCCGUGGUUUCAUAGUUACCACACAACCCUUCCAACGAUUUCAUUCAUUCCUCUUCAAGUAUCCCUAUGUAAUAACUCUUUACAGGUUACUUAACUGCUAUUCCAGUAUUUAUCUUGCUAUGGCAACCUUUACUGAUAAACUUAUUCGGCUGAUUCUAUUCUCGGUAAUACUGAGAUUUCAAGCGGUUUUAGUUUUGAAGUAUAUUUUUUAAAAUGUCAGCCAGUUGCGUAGUUUAAUUGGUUACUCGUUCAUCAGGCUCUUGAUUUCUAUUCAUUGAGCGAGUAUUUCAUAAACGGCUUCAACCAAUCAGCGUUGUAUCUUAAAUUUUAUGUAUAGAAAACAGUGAAUUGCCUCUGAAUGUUUGAAUUAAUGGUGGCGCGGUCAUAGCUGCAUAGGAACUAUUUGUAUGUCUAGACUGUACCAUGAGUUUACUCUCCAUAAAAUCAUAUAAAAGAAUGUAAUCGUACAUACUGUUCGUAGAAAUCGAUAACUAGGUACUUGGCACUUGGAUAUCGAUCAUAAUAAUUUCAAGUAGUUUAGUUCUGGCAGCUGGGUAGCGUCGCUGGCUGUUACAGAAAUACAUGGCUCAAAGUUGCGUACAUAAAUUUGAGUUUUGACUAAAAAAACAGCAUUUGACUAUGUAUACCGAGAUGUCCUGUAGCAGUGUCUGUCAUUGAAUGGUGUACACCAAAAGUACGGAUAUUUUAUGAAGGCUCUUUACUCGAACACUACCAAUCUAGUCAGAGCUUGUGGUGAGCUAUCAUCUGAUUUCGCAACCUCACAUGGUGUCCUGCAAAGCUGUCAACUAUCUCCAUUUUUGUUUAACUUCAUCAUCGACCUACUGCUGGAAAUAACGUUUUCGUCGACUGAAUUUUUAGGGAUUGAUCUUCCAGGAGGUCCACUUAUAGACGUAGAUAACGCAGAUGACAUAGUCCUGUUUGGUGAAGAUGCUAAUAAAAUGCAGAGUCUUUUCAUAGCACUGAGCAACAAUGCCAGAAUGUUUGGGAUGCGCUUCUCUCCCUUUAAAUGCAAGUUGUUGCUUCAAGACUGGUCUACACCUGAACUGAGGAUAGGGGGUAAAGUAGUCGAACGCGUCGACAACUUUACUUAUCUUGGAAGUCUGGUCAGUCCUAAUGGGUUGGUGUCUGACGAAAUCUCAACACGGAUUCGAAAAGCUCGUUUGGCUUUUGCCAAUUUACGUCGCGUAUGGCGAAGGCGAGAUAUCCGUCUAUCAAUUAAAGGAUGAGUAUACUACUCGGCCGUUCGUUCUGUUCUACUUUAAGACUGCGAAACGUAGCUAUUAAGAGUAGACGAUGCUCGUAAGCUACUAGUAUUUGAUGACAUGUCUUAGAAACAUUGCCAGCGUCUGCUGGGAUCACCGGGUAAGUAAUAGUGAGGUCAGAUGUACAGGGUAUUAGGGAAUGAUGGUAAAUCAGCUGAUGAGGUUGUGAAUCUUCAUCGACUAAGGUGGUUGGGCCACAUGCUACGUAUGCCUGAACACCGAUUACCACGAUGCGCAAUUCUGACUAGUGUUAGGGAUGGUUGGAAAAAAGAUAGGGGUGUCCAAACGAUUAUGUAGCAUCAGUCCUUGAAGUCACUAACUUCUGGUUUGAGCCAUGUUGGUAGAUGCAGACUACUUGGUUAGUGUCCGCGUGACUAUUGUAACCAAUGGUUGGAGGCCCUUGAUGACGUGGCCCAGAAUCUAUCAUAAUGGCGUAAGUGUAUACACACUUUUUCUUCCCUUGAACCGUGAGAUUAAAGUUGCUUUAUACCUUCAUUUCUACGAACUAAUUAUUUCUUCCGGUACUAUGUCCUUAUAUGAAGUCUUUUUUUAUAUAUAUUACCACCAUUAAAGUAACUACUUUUAUGGAUUUGGUGUUUAUCUUGUGCUAAUGAAGUAUGGCAACUUGGACCGAUGCAUAUAUGUGUCUGGUCCUACGUUAUAGCUGACUGACUGAUAUUAAAAAUUAACUACAAUCUAAUAGCAUAGUAUGGAACAACUGCUGUGAAGAUUAAACGUACAACACACUAUAUAACUGCUCUAAUAAAUCACUGGAAAAUUCUUCGUUCAUAUAAUUGUGUUGUAGUCUGUUAACGAUUGAGUCAAUUGUCUAAAUUAUUAAUCCACAGAUUCAUAAUGGUUAGACCGAAAAUUUCAACCGUAAAACUAGCCAACAUGAAGAAAAGGUUACUGAUCAUUAUUUUGAAGAAAACUAGUGAUUGUCAAAUGUGUACAGUGAGGAUUCAAAUGACUAUCAUCAGUGAUCACUGUUUAAUUGUUAAAUGAUACUGUUAGGAAGAUAACAAGUUAUCUAGUUUCUUUGUCAAGAAAUAUAAAUUUUUACAAGGAUAACCCUCUCCCCUCACCUUUCCUGUUAUCUUAUUGGUUGUUUUCAUCUAUAGUUCAAUUUUGUUGUACUUCGAAAGUGGUUUUCUUUGGUUUGCAUAUGUUUCUAUACCUGGUCCUCACCCAUCGCACACACCCCCAUUGUUAGCUGAUUAUCUGAUACCAACAGAUAAUGUUGAUGGUCUAGCAUAUAUUUUUUAUCGCGGUGUAAGUACAGUAAGUAGGAUGAAUAGAGACCUGUUUUGGUGGGACUAGAGGAUCCAAUUCUAUGCACUGCUUCCAGUUCACGAGACAUUAUACGUGUGAAACUACAUCAGACAAAGCGUUCUGAAGUGGUUUUUAGUCAAAUGUAGUUAUUUGUCAUCAUUCCAGCUUCUCUUAGAAUCAUCCACCAGAAUUCCUACUCAUCCACUCGACUAGGAUUGAUACAAUGGGAAACAGAAACAUCUAACUUUAUAAUUUUCUCCGAAAUGCUGAGACAGUUUAUUUGAACUAUGUAUUGUUGUCUUGAAACGGUGGUUUCAGGGCUUCUAUCUUGAUCCCAAGAUUUUUCAAAUUUGUUUGAUGCUGUUACUAGUAAACGGAUCCUAACUACGAGUAUUCCUCGUGAUGGUUAAUCAGUGCAUCCCUGAUGAACACUCAAUACUAGAUCAGCUACUGAUCGAUACAGUUUGACCAACUCACCUUUCAUCCUCGUUAAAACUAUACAAUUCUCAGGCUUAGUAUUCCAAGAUAAUAUGAAGAAAUCAAGCAAUAUUGUAUAACCCGAUAAAAUUAAUCACACUUUCCAAAAGUUUUUUCUUAGCAAUCAGGCGUCAGUUUUUGCUUUCUGUGAAACGGUGUGGCUACGUGCACGUCGAUUUAAACUGGUUAAGUAUGCUAAAUAUUUAUUUGUAAAAGUAACUAAAGCUAUCUCGUCAAGGUCUUAAGUUUUUUUGCAUUUCGUUUUUAUGAAUGUCUCACGAUGUCAAAGUCCUACAUAGCUUGGAUUUGGAUUGUAUAUAGGUUGGUAAGAAAAAGUUGAGCGUCGUGUCUAUGACAGUUUCCUAACCUAAUUUUUUGUUAAUCCGGAAUAUUUAUGCCACUAAUACCAGUAUUAUUAUUUUCACCUGUCUUUUAGCUCAAAAGUGACUCGGUCAAGAUCGUAAUUUAUUCUGAGCAGUUAAGUCAGACGUCUUGAAUGUGUCCACUUUGCCCGAGGAUAUGAAGCGUAAAGGAAAGCAAAAGACUUCAAAACCUUCUGGACGUUAUGGUUUAAAAGGCAGUUUGAAGUCUUACUAUGGUGAUUCUCAAUUACAUCCUGAAUGUGGGUCACCAGAUACAGGAUCUAAGUCAUCUCAUGGUCUUUCAAAAACACCAGAUGAUACUUCCAGUGAAUCAGUUCAUAGCCGUAGUCUUCGUAAUAGUUCUGUUGGAGAUGAUAACUUAUCACAAAUGGAAAGUCGUGGUCGUCGUGUACUAGACAAAAAGGGUCAUAACGGAGAUCUUGAUCAAAACGUAUUCAAGAAUUUUGCAGAUGACUAUAGUAAUGAGUCAAGGGAUCGUGAAGGCUCUCUUCCAAUGGGACUUAGUAGUGAACAUGAACUUCCUUAUGAUGAUGAAUCUACUCGUGAAACUUUAUCAACCAAAGAUCUCAGCGGAUCACAUAAUUCAGUCUUUGUUGAACCCCGUCAACCAGACAAAGUCACAGUGGAUUACAACAGUGCAUCGCAUACUCAAAGAAAAGUCAAUAAACGUGAGCUAAAAGCGUUAUUAAAGCAGACUAAAAAGAAACCAUCAACUGUAGACGAGACAGUGAUCGCUGCUAUUGAUGAAUUGGCUAUUCACUUAAAAGAUACUUGUGUGAUUGACACGAAACCAGUACCUCGUCGACCAAUCCCAGUCGCUGUAUCUCCUACUUUAGCCUCACGUCAAUCUGAAACACCAUCCCGUAGAGGUGUCGGUGCACGCAGAGGCGGCCGGAGAGGUCGGGGUGCUCGUCGUGGUGGUCUUUCUUCUCCUGCUUCUACCACUUCCAUAGAACAGACGGUUCUUCCGGCAUCCUGGGUACCUCUUAUCCUACCGAACCCGUUAAGAAGUCCCGUGACAUCAGAUCAUGAGGGUGAUAAUUUGGGGGUGAAGUCGAAGUUAUGUGCACCUUGGCUUCAACAACUUCCUGAAUCGCGGGUGCAUCGGUUUGUUGUGAAUAUGCGUCGUCUGUUGGCGGCUACAUUAAAAAAUCCUAUAGAAACUGAGCACUUAUCUAAAAAACCUAUUCAACUUAUAGAUUUAACAUCAGACAAACAAGAUUAUUCUACUAGCGCUUUCGAUAAUCAAUCGAAACAAUUAUCAUUUCCACUAAAUUCUAAUGUACAAAAUGUUAGUCAUCAUACAAUAAUACCCUCUGAGAUAAAAAAUACUGAUCAGCUGCCUCUUAUUAAGACAGUUGAAGAUGUAAAUCAAAAUGAUUCAAAGCUUAUUUCAAAUCCUACUGAAGAUUCUGCUUCGAAGUUGAAUUUUAAACUUGUUGAAAGUACUACUGUCACACGUACAUUGGUUUCUAGUUUAACUAAACGUCGAGGUAGAGGUAAAAAACACCAUGGAUUUCGCCGUAACUUUUCAUCUGUACAGUCGAAUACAAUCGGUGCAUCUGAAUCAAUCCCUUUGACACGUACUAGUCUUGUUUCAUCAUCAAAUCCGACUAACAAUCAACACGUAGAAACUAGUCAACAUGUGAUUCGAAUGCCUAAAUCAACUUCUAAAGGGAAAUCUCGUGUUUCUCGUGAACUUCGUGGUCUUGUCACUUGGGAUGCUGUAAUGGCCGAACAACGCAAACGUGAACAGGAAUUAAAAGACAUCGAAGCUAAAGGAGGAUCUGCCUCACUUCAUCCAUCUGAGGUGACGUUAUCAGUUGUAACUGACUUUAUAGCCUCUGUAGAAGAAGAAGGUCUAACUCCUAAACUUCGCAGAACUCGGCAAACUAGCGGCAGUGUUCCCAGCCAUGUUACACAUUCAGCUGUAGGAUCUGAUGCUGCUUCUAUGCAAACUACAAUUGCUGCUUCCGAACACACUAAUUAUGAAAUAAAUUGUCGUGUGAAACCUGGUGAAACAUCUUCAGUAGUCGCAUAUUCUGGACUUAGUACUGAAGUGUCAAGUGUAUCGUCGGAUAAUAUGAUUUCAGUUCAAAAAACAACCAUUCAUAAAACAACCGGUGACAAUAAACCGUCUACUGGGAAUAGUGCAGGUGAAUCUCGAUUGAAUCAUUCGGAUUGUGAUCAGAAAUGUUCGUUUUCAGUCACCUCAGAUGCAAGCGAAAUGGAAUCUGCAUGUGUUACCCAAUAUUCUCCAAUUUCUGUAGAACAAGAACCAAACGAAUCACAGCAUGCUUCAUUUGAACAACUUGAUGACGGUGCAUAUCGGUCGUCAACUACAGUUAAGCGGAAUAUCAUUCCCUUAAAAUCACCGGGUCGUCGUAAAAAGAAGUACAAAAUUAACCGGUUGUUUAAAUCCCAUCCUUGUGACUCGGAUCGCCAUCCGGAACAAUAUAUACUUAAUGAUUCAGUAUCUCAAAGUUCUGUUACUGUCGACUCUCGGCAACAAUUUGACACCUCUUCAUCUGUUUCAUCUCUUCCUGUUCCUUCGGCGAAGCGUAAACGACAAACACAACAUGGGGUUCUUACAAGUACAGAUCCAAUUCUUGAAGAUCCCAACUUCGUGGAACAGUCUGCACGUCUCCAAGAAACUGACGGUUCUGAUGCCUGUGAUAUUUUACCUACUUCUGCCUCAUCAUCACUUCCAAGCAACGUAAGACGUUCUUCUACUUCACGUAGCUCAGCUCUCCCUCCUCGAAAACGCUACAAGGUGGGAAUAGAUACAUCUAACACCAAUGAAAACCAUGCUUCCUCUGUUAUGGAUAAAGAUAAUUUGAGGGAUUUCUGUAAAUCAGGUUUCAAUGAGCCCAACUUGUCUGUAACUGUCAUAGAUUUAACAGAUAAUGCCUCAAGUACUGGAGUUUGUCAUCUUGGAAAUGCUGAUAUAUCUCUAUCAAAACCUGAACACAGAAAACGUGGUCGAGGUCGUCCGUCUAGACGCUUAGAAAGACUGGAAAGCAAUAGUAAUAUACCAGUUUCCCCCUGCUUAUCUUCUGACUCAGUUUCAGUAACUUGUGAUCGUCCAAAACGUGAGGCGGCAGCGAUGGGAUUUGCUAGUUUAGUUGCUGCAAACUUGAAUAAUACUGGUGUCGCUAUCAAUUCUGCACCAGAAACACCAGAAACUAUUAAUGUUAGAUCGGAAACUGGAAGUUUACCAUCUCCUACUACAAAUAUCAGUUGGGUUGAACAACAACAACAACACAUCGGAGCUUUAGAAAUACAAGCCUGUAAGCCAACUGUAUCUCGAGGUCGUGGUCGCCCUCCUAAGCCCAGACCUAUUCAAUUACCCGUUGCUGAGCAUAUGCUAAAUCGAAGUGCUGUGGAUUCAGAGAACAUGUUGGAUUCAAUUUCAAGUCGUCCUCUUCAGACUGUCAACGAAUCGCCGUUAUCGACAUCAUCCACCACACAUGCACAAGAAUCAAUACAGGUUAAGGAAGCUACUCAUCAAUCGUCUGAACAGAGUACUGAAAAUCAACAGAUGAGAAUCAAUGAAGUUCCAAUUGAUACAGCAUUAAAAGAGACUGACGAUAGUGCUAUAUCGCGCUCCCAAUCAGAUUCAAAUAACUCUUUAACAAUGUCGAUAAAGUCAUCGAAACCGCUAUCGAUAAAACAGACAAGCAAAAAGAAUUCUUUACAAUCUAGCAUCAAAAUGAAAUCCGAUGUUGAUCAUUUGACUAUCAAAAGUAUGGCUAAUUCAUCUAUUCUGGGUUUGGAUGCUUCAUCAACAUUAUUAAAUCAACAACACUGUCGUUUACCUAGUCGUAAUAGUUUUUUCAAAGAUGCUACCAUAUCCAGUUUGGAACAGAUUUCAUUUCUCAAAGAUCGUUGUUUAAGUGGUCCACUAUAUGAAUUAUUUUGUAAAUUUCUUGAUGAACCUGAUCCACUCGAACCAAAUUAUCGGCUUUGUGCUCCUAUAAUAUACUUACCAUCACCUGAAAGGUAUCCGGAAUUUUAUCGAUUUACCUUAUCAUCACAUUUAUCUGGUUCUGGAUUAAAUGUUAAAUUUACAUCGAAUUUUACUAAUCGUCUAUUUUCACCAAUUGGUGAUAAUGAUAAUAAUAAUGAUGAUGAUGAAAUUUAUCAUGUUGAAUAUCCAUCACUUUGUUUAGCCAGUAUUGCAUCACGAUUUAUUAUAAAUUCAAUAAAAGAUCAAACAUUAAAUAAUAAUAAUAAUAAUGAUGAUAAUUUGUCACCUCAUCAUCAUCAUUUAUUACAUGUUGAAUUAUCAGAAAAAGAAGAGAAUCAUUUUCUCCUAGUUACAAAUGCUAAUAUUAUGGAAAGUUUAUAUUCAUUAGAUAUAGCUAUGGAUAAUAUGUUCACUGUAUGGGAAGCUUUUACUGGACGUCGUAGUUGGUUUGGUCGACGUUUAAUGAAAUUAAAAAGUGUUUAUAUAAAACAUCGUACUAAUUUGGUUGAAAGUUUAAAGUUGGAGAAUCACAUACCGGUUGCAAUGCCAAAAUCGUUUAUACCAUGUAUAAUUAAAUCACAAAAUAACAGUUCUAAGAAAAAAACUGAUCGUCGUGCACUAGAACGUGGCGCUGAAGUUAUUCGAUGUUUAUGUGGUUUUCGUGUUGAAGGUGGUCAUGUUAUGGUUCAAUGUGAUUUAUGUGCAUCGUGGCAACAUCUACCAUGUUUAUGGUGGGCACUUAGUCUGGCUAUUCGUAAUGAUUCCUCCAAUGGAUUAAAUUCAAACUUAGUUCGUUUAUGUCAAACAGCGUUAAUUGCUGCACAAGCUGUUGGUGGCGGUGGCGGUAAUACAGUUGAGGUAGAUGUGAAAGGUGAAGAUGAUCGAGAAGUUGAUGCUCCUUAUAUAUGUCCAGUUUGCUUGAAAUUGGAUAAUUUAACAAAAGAAUAUCCUCGUUCAUUAUCUGCAGCGAUGAGUUUAAACGAUGUAGAUGCUGUCUUUGACUUACAAGAUACACUGGUGAAAGGUGAACAUGAAUUCUGGACAUUAGGUAGUCCUGAUGGAACUUGUCAAAUACGUACAGAUGAUUAUGCAUUUGUUAAUCGUUUCUGGUUAAAUCAUCUCAAUAUUUCACAGGAUAUAUCAAAGGGAACAACAACUACUGUAUCAAUGAAUGUUAAACAACUUUUAGAUCAAUCCUUACAGUCUCCAGUGAAAUCUGCUUAUGAUCGUAUUAUUGUUCGAAUUUAUCGAUUAUGGAAGGAUGUCAGUGGUUUAGCUUGGCUAGAAGGUGGUUUAUUUCUGCGUCCAUAUGAUUUACCUCCGCUAUCGGUAAUAACUGAUUCAUCAAAAUGUCCACAAUUUUGGCAUCAUGAUGAAGUUGUCUACGAUGAGGCUAGACGUGUUAUUCUUCCAUUAGACGCUUGGAUUGGUAGAUGUAUGGUGUUAUGUCCUUCAGCAUAUAGAGUUGGUAGACCGGCUGAUUUAUUAUAUACAGCACAUAUAAAAGAAUUUAUGCCAUCACUGAAAAAUGACAAUCUGAAUGAUUCCAAUUCUACUGCAAAUCAGUUUCAAUAUUUCUUUGUUUGCGAAAAAUUAUUUGAACAGUCAUCAGUUGAUAAUCAUAGUUGUAGAUUUGAUGAAAUAUCUCCUGGUUACUUAAAAGUCAGUAUGAAGCCAUAUUGUUUCCUUCGUAAACCUGAUAAUCAAUGUAUUCGUGGUAGUUUACCACGACAGUAUUCAGCUGUUGAACUACUCACCCGUGAUCAAAUACCUUUCUCAGAGGCAUCUGUCAAAGAUGAACAAACAUUUGAAAUUAAAACGUCUCCUGAAGAAUGUACUACAACAUCUGGAAAUAUGUCCAAUAGCGAUGAGAAGAAUGCUACAGUUCCAGUUGGCAGUUUAAAGCAAAAGGGCGAAAAACUGGCUCGUGUUGUUGACUGGUUGGAACGGAAACGUCAAACCAACUCUUCACAAUCCACAGUUACAUUACCUCAAAAUUCCAUUGUUCCAGAACAACAACAACAACAAACUUCCAUUUCAUUGUUACCCGUUGAAAAUAACCAAGUUAUUGAUGAAAUAUCAUUACCAUCAUCACGUAGUUUGUGUUCUCGAGGUCGAAUUCCACUUAGAAUCAAUCGUGGAAGAAGUAGAGGUUUCAAUAAAUCAUUGAAACUUACAUCAUCUAAUCCUGUACCAUUAUUACCUGAUAAAUUUUCUACAUUAACUGCUGUACUCCCUGAUAAAAUUGAUGAAAUAUCAUCUAGCAAAGAAGAUGAAUCUCUCAAUAUUCUCGUUAAACGUACAUGUAUGUCAGAAAAUUCAUCACCAACUCAAUCAAAUAUUGUUCAAAUAUCAUCUGAAAUUAAUGUAGACUAUAAUUUAUCGUCAUUAGUGAUAAUCGAUUCAAAUAAUUCAUUAUGUAAUACAGUUGAUGAAAAUUCACCUAAACAACUUUCAAAUGAUCAUCUUAUCUCAUCUAAUACAGAAGAAAUUAAUAUGAAUACUUUAGCAUUAAAUUCUAUUGUCCCAAUCACUUCUACUACAAAUAAUAAUAACAAUAAUUCACCUCUUAAUUCACUUAAUAGUUUAAAGCCAUCUGAUUUACAAUCUAAUGAAGAUUCUAUAGAUCGUUUAUCAUCAGUAAUAUUAAAGCCUACAUCAAAUAAUCAAUCAAUUAUUAUGUCACCUACUGAUGAUCAUUUGAAUAUUUCAUCAUCACCUAGUUUUGGAUCAACAAGAAAACGUAAAUGUUCCAUUACACGUAAAAGAUUAGUACCAGAACCAGAAUUACUUCAUGAAAUUAUUGACAAUCUACAAAAUAAUAAUAAUAAUACUUCAUGUUUAACUGUUAAUCAUUUAUCUGAAUUAAACCAUAACAAUACAUAUGAUAAUAUAUCUGUUGAAAGUUUAAACAAUUCAAUUCAUAUAUCAGAUGAUACUAAACACUUAUCACCUUCAACUAAUCAAAUAUCUUCAAUAGAUCGAACAUUAUCAAUCCAAUCAUCAUCAUCAUCGUUGUCGUCGUCAUCAUCAUCAUCAUUAUUAUUAUGUACACAUUUAUAUGAAUCAAAUUUAAUUCAGAAUAAUAAUGAUGAUGAUGAAACUUGUUUAAUGAAUAUACAACCAAUCUUCUCUAGUCAUAUUACAAUUCAUAAAGUUCUAACAGAAAUUAAACAUUUUGCAUUGAAAUCCAAUCAACCAGUUAUUAUGUCAUUUAAUCAUAAUAAUAAUUUAAAAUCAAUAAAUGAUUGUGAUCAUCAACUUUCAACAUCAACAAUUCCUUCAAAUUAUUCAUUGAAUCAAAUUAAUAUCACGAAUCAUUCCAAUAUAUUCAUAGAUGACAGUUCAAUAAAUCCUUUAAAUAAAGACCAAUCUAUUGAAUCAUCACAUGAGAAGGAAGUCGUUGUAGAUGAUGAUAAUGAUGAUGAUGAUCAUCAUCAUAACAUUUCUCCUACUUCAACUGAAAAUAUAUCUCAUAUUAAUAAUGAUAUAGAUAUAGAUGAUGUUAAUAAUAAUAAUAAUAAUUGUGUUGUGAAUAAUAAUGUACAAGAUGAGAAUAUUUCAUUCAUAACAACCAAUCAUGAUAAUAAUUCAUUGUUAGAUACUUCUAUAGAUUUACUCAAUAAUCUAACUACUACUACUACUACUGAACAAAAAGUUAACGAUAGUAGUAUUGGUGCUAGUUGUGAAUUUUCUACAACCGUCAUUUCAAUUCCAGAUAAUAAUAAUAAUAAUAAUAAUAAUAAUAAUAAUAAUAAUAAUAAUAAAGAAUAUAAAUCAUUUACAAAAUUUGCUGUUGAAACAUUAGUUUCAGAUGAUUAUUCAACUCUAAAUUCCAUUUGUACAACGUAUAAUUCAUCUCCUGAAAAAGAUUCAUCAUUAUCCCCAAAUAAUAAUAAUAAUAAUUUAUUAAAACAUGAUGAAUUAUCUACUGAAUUAAAUAAUGAUAUUAACAUGAUGGAUGAUUCAACUGUCAACAAUCAACAAUGUGAUGAAUCUAUUUGUCAAGAGAAUACACUUUUAAACUCUUCAUCAUCAUCAUUAUCUGUGAAAGAUGAAAUCAAUCAAUUUGUUGUUGAGAAUGAGACGACCACUACAGAAAUUAUCUCUCCUAUAUCAUUAGUAACAAAUUCAAAAUCGAUAUCUAAUGAUAAUGAUUCUCCUCCAAUAAGUAUUGGAACACCUGUAUUAGAUGAAAAAUUAGAUCCCAUAGAACACAUAUCCACUGAUAUUAUACCUGAAUGUUUUCAAUCAAUUAAAACUAGUUAUAAUGUUACAGAUUUACAAACUCCGAUUGUUCAAAAUUGUCAAUUAAAGACAAAAGUAGAUACUGAUUUAUCUAAAUCACGUCAACCAACUACUACUACUAAUAUCACUACUACAGCUCAUAAUAGUAGUAGUAUUUUAGCAUCGAAAAAAUUUAAAGAAUCAUCUCGUGAUUAUGGUGGUCAUUAUGAAAACCGUCAUCAUUCACAUGGACAUCAUAACUCGUAUCAAUCAAGAAAUUCCAGUAAAUUUGAUCAUUAUAGAUCAUCGUCAUCAUCAACAUCAAAACAACAUCCAUGCUUUAGUAGUCAUCAUUCUCAUCAUAAUUCUCGUUAUGAUCGUAAACACCAUACACAUCCACCUCAUUAUCAUCAUCAACAACAACAAUCACAUCGUCAUGAUGAAUACAAUCCUCGUUAUCGUGAUUCGUCUUCUUCACAUAGAUCAAGAGAUCGUGAUGACAGUUCUCCAUAUUCAUCAAGGCAUAAUCAUGGCGAAAGAUCAGUAUCGAAUUCAUCACAUCGACAUCAAGAUCGCAUUUAUACCUCUGGAAAUAAUCGUGAUCCUUCUGAAGCUUCAAAUUGUUAA